AUGACAGAUUCAGUUAAUCCAUUCCAAGCGGCUCAAAGUUUCGAAAAUUUUGCAGAACCGGAAAAUUACACUCUUCUAAAAAGAGCAAAAAUAUUAACCUCCACUUUUUUUUUUGAUGGGAAUUCAUGGACAGCAUUGGAGAAACCAUUAAACCUUAAAAAAACAAUAUUCGAAGACGACCGCAUUUUAACAUUAAAACCAGUUGAAGAAAAAUUUAUACCAGCAGAAUUAGAAGCGUCUUUGAGUGGGAAGUAUAAUAUCAAGGUGUACAAAAAUAAUGAAGUAACAUUAUGUAUUGAGGGGGGGCAAAAAAUAUUAAUUAAAUUGCCUAUAACAAGUAGUAUAAUUACAUGGAAUAGUUAUCAACGUCUUCCAGUUUUACCCAAAGCAUGGAGACCUACAGUUUUUAUAUUAAACCAUAGUAAUAUAUUUGUUAGAGUAAUUCCUGAAAAAUGUUUAGUUAUUAGUAAAGUUAAUAACAAAACAGACUCAUUUAAGAUAAACAGUAUUGACUUUUCUGAAGGAUUUUGUUGUUGUCAUCCAAUUAAUAAUUUAGCAUUAUUAUAUGGAGCAUAUGAACAGAAUCAAGAAUUAAAUACAAUGAAAUUACCAAAACUUCCAUUAACCAAUGGAAAAUAUAACUAUUUUAUACAUUUUUUCUCAUGGGGAACUAUGAUUGUUCCGAAAAAAUUGGAAAUUUUUAAAGGUCCUUUAUGUAGUUUUAAAAAAAAUAUAAUUGCUCUUAUAAUUAUACCACCAAAGGUACACAUAUAUAUAGAAUUAAGAAGCUCUUCUCCAGUGGCAAGUUCAAUAGACUAUAAGAAAGAUUUUCUAAUUACAGCAAGGAAGCCAUAUAUUACGGAUUUAGAAAUUUAUCUAAUAAUACAAGAUCAAUUAAUCAUGUAUGACUAUUCUUAUGAUCUUCGUUUAAAUAAGGAGAAGGCACCUAUUUCCAAUUUAAAUAUCCCCCUUAAAUUCAAAAUAAGUAAAGAGGAAAAGGAGAAGAAAAAGCAAAACCCCUCACAUGAAUGCAAAUGGUCAUUUGUUAACUCGAAUGAGCAAAAAUGUAUAUCUGAUUCGUGUAAUUCAUCAGCUGAUCAUCUAAUGUCCCCCGAUUUGGCGUGCGUGUUCGACGCAGAGACAGGCAUUUACUACUCUACUGAGUAUGGAAUAAAUUACUGCAAAGCAUUCAAAAAACUACAAGUUUAA